AUGACGUCCGUCUGGACCUCCGCGUCGCUCUUCCUCCUGCUCGUGCUGCUGCUGCUGCCUUCGCGCGCCGCUCGUGUCCACCCACAACCCCCUUCGUCGGACCCCCCGACGGCCCACCGACGCUCCCCGUGGACACUCGCGGACAAUGCCACGGCGCUCGCCGCGCUCGAGGCGCAGCUCACGACGUGCACGUACUCGAAAGCGCACGAGUGCAUCAAAGACCCAAAGCGCGUGCCGCAGCUCGGGGCGCUCGUGCGCGCGCCGGGCCACUGCGUGGCCUUCGACUCGGCCUACGUCGACGUCACGACGCCCAGCGCAGCAUUGCCGAACCGGUACUACCCGACGUCGGUCGAGGCCGCGCACGCCGCCGGCUUUGCCAACAAAUUCUCCGACUGGUCGGCCGUCAACCGCGAGCACUUCCAAGUGGACUGUCCGCUGCUGUACAACGAAGUCAUUGGCCGCGACAGCGACAUGCUGUGCUGCACCGAAGAGCAGUACACGGGGCUGUCGACGCAGGUCCGCAUGAUCCCCGGCCUGUGCUCGGCCUGCAAAGAGAACCUGCGCAACAUCUUUUGCCAGUUCACCUGCAGUCCAAACAACAGCCUCUUCCUCGACGUGAGCGAAGUGCGGCUCAUGAGCGGCGACGUCGACCACCCAACUGCGGUCUUCCCGGCCGUGGAACAGGCGACGUACUACGUGGGGACCGACUGGAUCCGCGACAUCUACGACUUCUGCGCCGACGACAGCUCGUUCUCGCUACUGUGCAACCCGAAUCAGAACUGCAGCGACGGCUUUGGCCUCAUGGAGUACAUGGGCAAGUAUGCGUUCAACAGCAUCGGCUCACCGCUCCAGAUCAACGUGACGACGAUGGAUCGACAGCCACCGUCGACGCAGGCGGCCGCGUUCUGCCACUGCGACCGCGCGAACGCCACCGACUGCAUCCUGCCCAUGAACAACCGCAUGACGUCGUGCGUCGGCGUCUGCGGGUCGCUUUGUGCCGUGGACGCCACGGACGAGCGGCCGUACACGGAGUCGUGUUUUGGAGCUGUAGGUGCGUUUGCCGCGACGCCGUCCGACAGCAUCAGCGGUGACACGGCCGACGAUGUGAUUUGGGCAGACCUGAACGCGUACCUGGCGACGAACAUCCCAGCGACGGACUGGGUGCCGCUCAACUACUUCCUCGUGAUCUGCGGCGCUGUGACCGCCUCGUUCCUCACCGUGGGGUUCGUUGUCGCCUGCUGCCGCGAGCGGCGACUGCGCGUCGCGAAUCCACACAAUAGGACGUCCCGUGUCGGGAUGUACACGCCGGAAUCGCUCGGCAUGGCGUACGUCAUGGAGACGGGUACCACGCGCCUCAGCUACGUGGACGAGCUCAUGACAAACAAGUUGCGCACGUGGGCCGUGUUUGUCUCGACGGGGAACCAGCCGAAGAAGAUCAUUGGCCUCGUGCUUUGCGUCGUGGCUGUCUGCGCGGCCGGUCUGUACAACAUUGAGAUCGAGACGGACCCGAUCAAGCUGUGGGUGUCCACUUCCAGUACUUCGUAUCAGCAGCGCCUGCACUAUGGUGAACUGUUCAACCCCUUCUAUCGCUCGGAGCAGGUCAUCUUGGUGCCCAAGGACGGUGGUGUUAUCUAUCGCUCUGCAGUCCUGAAAGAAGCCAUCCGCGUGCAGAACGUGGCUGCUAAUGUGACUUAUACUUCCGACGACGGCGAGACCACGACCGCGCUUGGCGACAUUUGCUGGAAAGCCACGGGCACUGGGUGCACUGUCAACUCGAUCACGCAGUACUUCCAGAACAGCAUGGAACACUUUGAAUUCUACGAGAAGUAUGGCCUGGAGAUGGAGCACUUUAGCAACUGUUUGUACUCGCCGACAACAUCGGACGUGGCGCUUUGUACGAAGCUGAAGAGCAGCUUGGAAGAGGGUGACUCGGUUCCCGCAACAAUGGGCGACUGUCCUUGCUUGUCGACUUUCGGGUCGCCCAUGAACCUGUACAACACGUACCUCGGUGGAUUCCCCGAUGGUGCUGAAAGCAAUUACACGCUGUUUCUGGAGUCCGUGGCAUUUGUUUCUUCGUACCUGAAUUACAACUAUGCAGAUGAAGACUUGAACAAGCCUGCCAUCAACUGGGAACGGGAGUACAUCAAGACAAUGAAGCUCGAGGCUAAGACCAACACCGUGUUCGAUGUCUUCUUCUACGCCGAGAUCUCCGUCCAAGAUGAAGUAGAUGCGGAAUCGAGCAACGGCAUGGGUCCCGUGGCACUGAGCUACUGUCUCAUGAUCAUCUACAUCUCGCUUGGUAUCAAUCGCAUCAGGUUCAGUCGUCAAUUCUUUAUCUCAUCGAAAAUUGUAGCUGGCUUAUGCGGCGUGGUAAGCAUCGUGUGCGGCGUGACGACGACUAUCGGCAUCUACGUCUGGUUCGGCGUCAAGCUUCAGCUGAUCAUCAUGGAAGUGAUUCCUUUCCUGUCGCUGGCGAUUGGUGUUGACAAUAUCUUCCUGCUGAUUCACGCCAUGACCGAGAAAGAAGACCAGCUUCGACGUGACCAACCGAGUCUCUUCAUUGGUCUCGAGCACAAUCCGAAAGCGGUCGAAGAGCUCACUUCCGUACUGGUGUCCGAGGGCCUCGCCCGCAUUGGCCCCAGUAUUUUCAUGGCGUCCGCUGCCGAAUCCGUGGCGUUCGCAUUUGGCUCGAUCUCAGCAAUGCCUGUGGUGUUGUGGUUCGCAGCGAUGGCAAGUUGCGCCGUGGUGAUUAAUUUCUGUUUCCAGCUAACCCUGUUCUUGUCGGUUCUGACGUUGGACAAGCGCCGCGAGCUGAGUGGAAAGUAUGACAUCACUUUUCGGCGCACGUCGCAAGCAACGUUUCAAGCGCCUGCUGCUGACUUGCAGACUCGGCAAACAGCAGACCCGCUCGUGGUACCGGAACCCAAGCCUCCUGCAUCAGUCGAUAGCCGCCGUUCUGCGAUACCAGAGACUCGCACACUGACGGAUACUCUCGAGCACUGCGUUGAUGUCUACGCGUCAAUCCUGACCUACAAGAUCGUAAAGCUGUUUGUUCUGCUGUCUUUCCUGGCAUGGACGCUCUGGUCCAUUUACUCGAUGGAAUCGCUCGAACAGGGUCUGCCACAGAAGGAGGCAAUGCCAUCCGAUUCGUACAUGAUCGAGUACUUCGAUGCGCUUGACACGUACCUCGAAACCGGCGUGCCGGUGUACUUCAUCGUCGAAGCAGGCUACGGCCGUAACCCAGAUCGAUGGUCUCUGAACGAUGAGAGUGUGGAGACGGUGUUCUGCAAGUCAAAGGAUAUAUGUGGUACCUACUCGGUUCCGAACGUCAUGAACGCUCUGGCUAACCACGGCGAUAAGAGCGUCACUCACAUCAGUCCCGGCACGACAUACUCUUGGAUGGACGACUUCUGGGGCUUUGUCAAUCCGGACAGCGAGUGUUGCCGCGUGGACUCGACAGGCGCUUACGUUCCAAUCGAAACUGGCAACGACGCGUACACGACGCUGCGUUCCGCUGAUGACACUUGUCUGGCUACGUCGGUGAGUGUCCCUCCUGUACCGGAGGCUCAGUACAUGUCGCUCUUCAGUAUGUUCGCAACAGCUAGCGCCGGCACGUCGUGCUCCUAUGGUGGCGGCUCCAUUUAUCGCGGCCAGUUCAGCAUCGAUGACAAGCCCAUUCCAACGGUGAAGAACUCGACACCAGCAGUGAAGCUCAAUAGCAGUGGCUACGGUGACGAGAUCACAGCGUGGUCGUACAUGGUGGUAGGCACGUCGAAUCCGACGCAGCAGCACUACAUUGACUCGUACAAGCAGAACCUGGCAGCGGCCGAUUGGAUCAGCGAGAAGACUGGUGUCGAUAUCUGGGUAUACUCGCUGACGUACGUGUACUUCGAGCAGUACUUGACGGUGAUCGACGACGCCUUCAGGCUCAUCGGUCUAGCGCUGGCAGCGAUCUUCUUGACCACUGCAUUGUACUUGGGCAACCUGUUCUACUCGCUGGUGAUCUCGCUGCUGGCAACGAAUCUCGUGGUCCUUGUGCUGGGUCUGAUGCAGCCUCUGGACAUCAAGCUCAAUGGACUGUCAAUCGUGAACCUGAUCAUCGCAGCAGGUAUUGCUGUAGAGUUCUGCGGCCAUUACGUUCGAUUCUUCGCCAAAGCGAAAGGCACGGGCGACGAACGUGCUCGCGAUGCGCUUCGGCAGGUCUCCACAUCCGUGCUUUUCGGUAUCACCAUCACGAAAGUCAUCGGCUUGAGCGUGUUGACUCUAGCAGACUCGCGCGUGUUCAAGAAGUACUACUUCCGCAUGUACAUGAUUGUGGUACUCUGUGGUGUCUUGAACGGCAUGCUCCUGCUGCCUGUGCUACUAAGCACCAUCAUCGACGUCAAGAACUUCUUUUUGCACCGGGGGCCGCAGAAGACUGCGCUGAGAUCAGCACCUGUUACGCGCGCCGACUGA